UAAUAAGGAUCUCAUUUUGUACCUAUGCAUGCUGCAUUUCACCUCAAGAUUUCAAAGCAUAUACCCAAACUUGUGGUCUAUGAUGUGCUUAUAUAACUUUAUUUAGAGCUGUAGGUUUCCAAGGUGCUCUGUACACAUGGAGUAGGAUCAGCUUUCCAUCCUCGUUGCAGGCAAAGAAAUGGUGGACACUGGUCACCAGACUCGUUCUGUGUCCAACAGAUCUUACUACACCUUGCCCAACAGUAGCCAUGAGAGGCGCUCAUUUUUUGCCAUCACAGAGCCACCACGUUUCCAUUCCCAAGCCAAAGGCAAGAAUGUCCGUCUGGAUGCCCACUCCCGCAAGGCCACCCGGAGGAAUAGCUUCUGCAAUGGGGUCACUUUCACCAACCGGCCCAUCCAUCUCUAUGAGAAAGUGCGGCUCAAGCUGGUGGCCGUGCACCAUGGGUGGAGCGGCGCACUGCGCUUCGGCUUCACUAUUCAUGACCCAUCACAGAUGAGCUCUGAUGAGAUACCAAAGUACGCCUGCCCAGACCUGGUGACCCGACCUGGAUAUUGGGCUAAAGCUUUGCCAGAGAGGUUUGCAGUGAGGGACAACAUCUUGGCUUUCUGGGUUGACCGUCAUGGGAGAGUCUUCUACAGUGUCAACAAUGAGGAGCCUGUAUUGUUUCACUGUGGCAUUAAAGUCUCUGGGCCUCUCUGGGCACUCAUAGAUGUCUAUGGAAUUACCCACGAGGUGCAAAUACUAGAUAGCUUGUUUGCAGAGACCAUGACCUCCACCCGUCUCAGUAGCACACGACUCAGCACUUGCCUUCCGCAGAGCAACCACGAUUCAGCCAAUUUCAGCAACAAUGAACUGGAGAAUAACCAAGUGGUGGCCAAAAUUGCAAAUCUGAACUUGAGCCGGGUACCAGGGCUCUCGACAGAUAAUCACAUAAUCCCCUGUUGCCCGAACAGACGGCAACGUGCCCAGGGUGUGCCUACCUUCUUGGAUACAGAUAUCCGUUUCCACCCCACCCGUGGGCCUGACAUCACAUUUUCUCAGGACCGGAUGGUAGCAUGCACCAACUGGCAGGAAAGCAAUAGGACCCUGGUGUUUUCUGACCGGCCUUUGCACAUUGGUGAAAGCCUCUUUGUGGAAGUGGGACACUUAGGGAUGCCAUAUUAUGGGGCUUUCUCAUUUGGCAUCACUUCAUGUGAUCCAGGUACUUUACGGACAAACGAGCUCCCGGCAGAUCCAGACUUUCUCUUGGACCGCAAGGAGUACUGGGUGGUUUACCAAGCGUUCCCAGUUCUCAGCAGCGGCGAUGUCCUCAGUUUCAUGGUUUUGCCAAAUGGAGAAGUGCACCAUGGGAUGAAUGGAGUCAGCCGAGGGAUGCUGAUGUGCGUAGACACUUCACAAUCCCUCUGGAUGUUUUUCACAAUCCAUGGUGUAAUCAACCAGCUCAAGAUAUUGGGCACUGUGCAGUCCAGCCCUGUGACUGUCUCUCCCUCAGGAUCCCCUGGAGGCUCACAGUAUGACAGUGACUCAGAUAUAGCCUUCAGUGUGAACAGGUCGUCAUCUGCUUCGGAGUCAUCGCUAGUGACUGCUCCUAGCUCUCCUCUGAGCCCUCCUCUCUCUCCUGUAUUCCCUCCUCCGGAGCCCUUGAGCAGCAAGAAUGGGGAGUGCACGGUCUGCUUCGACAAUGAGGUGGACACCGUGAUCUACACCUGCGGACACAUGUGCCUCUGCAACACCUGUGGUCUUAAGCUGAAGAAGCAACUCAACGCCUGCUGCCCAAUCUGCCGACGGGUCAUCAAAGAUGUUAUUAAAAUAUACCGCCCUUAACCCCUUCACCCCAGCUUGGAGUGCAGGAAGGGAGAACUCUGCUAGCAGUAACCAUGCCUUUCCGUCCCUGCUUAUGGGUUAUCGUGCUGGUCAGUUGUUAUCAAGUGGCUCGUUGUCUGUGUUUCCAUAUAUGACUGGUAGAACAAAUCAGGGAUAUUACUGAGCUGAGGAUCUCUCUAGUCUAAAUGCAGCCUGAAGCUAAGGCUUCCAAGUAGGCAGGGCUUUGAAGGUGUUUGUCCUUUGGCUUAAGGCAGUGAAUCAUUGUUGGGAACCUGUUUCAGCUCCAAAGAGAGAAGUUUCCUGUGCAAUGGUUUUUCCAGUUGAGGAAGGUGCAUAUGUGAGGAGGAGAGUCCAUUUAGUUGCAGUUGGGUCUGAGUGCCUAGUUUUGUGCAAAGCUUUCAAGCUGCAACUGUGAUUAGUGGGCUAUUGUGUACCCAGAACAUGCCCCAGCAGGCAUUGCAGCAUGAUGGAACAGUCAUAACCAGCCCCAAGCAAUGAGUUAAGGGUGGAUUUUAAUUUUUUUUUUUUACACAAGGAUAAAAAUAAAUCCCAAGUCAAGGAAACAAGUAUGUGUGGGCUAGAGGUUGUUUCAGGACAAGCUAGCUGCAAUAUCAGGUACUCAUUCAUUUACCCUGUUCUGGACUCCCAUCUGGUCACUGACCUUAGCAGAAGAAUAACCCUAGCACCAAGUGUGCCAAGCCCUUAGAGUCUAUAAUGCAUCUUCUUAAAGAUUUGGCAGAGGGUACUGGCAGCAAAGCAGCAAUAGACUGGCUGCAGCUACACCUUGGUACCAGCAAAGGAAGGAAUUAAUAAAACCCCCCCUGGGAUCUUUGUGCAGGGAAAGCAGCUGUAUCAGUAGUGUAAGUACAUUAAAUGGCUUGUUGUUAUAGCAUUUUUCCAAAGCAGCUCCUUAAACUGCACUGUCUGUUACCACAUGGUCUUGGAUUGUGAAAGAAAGAACCAGACAGAUAUGCACUCAGACAACUGAGUACAUUAUCAUCUUGGCUUAAGGGAAAAGGAUUGAAGAAAAGUCCUGGAUCAGGUAUCCAGGGUAGAUAGCCAAGAGUCUGCAUGUGAGGGCGAGAAAGCUGUAUGCUCCCUGUAACACAGUCAGGUUGUGUAAAGCCUGCUGUAGCUGCAGCCAUCUAACACCUGUCCAGCAUCCAGCUUCACACUUAACGUAAGGCCCUUUCUGUGAAUCCUUUCUUUGUAGCCUGCCCACUAGCCAAGCACUGCUGUUACUCCCAGUGGCAGUAAUGACCUUCUCAUGUAUUAAUGGGGACUGUGUCAUGGAGCUGAGGGGGGAAGCCCCCAGGAGACUGCGUUCUCGCUGGACAGAGAGAAGUGGUCGGCACUGAGGCCUCAUUAUUGUAUUUCAAAAACCCCAAAAGUUUCCUUUUUGCCCUUCAGAUUUUGCAUUCUCCCAUCUCUGAGGCUUUAUCAGCCAGAUAUACAGCUUCUUAGUUUCUUUCCUGUCUUACCAGAAAUCCUGAUUUACUCAACAGGAGAAAGUGUCAUGUUGAAAUUAACAGGUCUCUCAGCGUUACUUGCAAUAACCAUUGGAAACUAUUAUUCGAUGUUAAGUCUUAAAAAGUAGAGAUUCUAUUGUGCUUUCACAGCCAUAAGUGCACAAUGGGCUAUUACAGUGCAGAGGAGUGAGCGGGGCUAAUGGCCUCUGCCGUCUUGUGCCCCCCACUCAGGUUUUUGAACCCUUGAACCUGGAUCUCUAUUUUCUGCUUCAGAACAUGCACUUCCCGCCUCUGCUGUCCUUCAGUCAGCGCCCAUGACAGGGCUUGCUGUGCUCUUAGUCAUCCAUAUGUGACCAGUCGCCCAGCUCCUCCAGCAGCUCUGCCUAGAAAAGUGAAUAGGUUGUGGACAUGAGGCAUGGCUGAUCUCAGCCUGGUGACCAUUUAUAGGCCUUGCUUGCAGUGUUUGCUUUUUGGGGGUGGGUGUAACUAAGCCUGGAAACCAGAAGUCACUUGUGCCACAGGGCUGCAGCAGUUGGGCUUUGAGGGUAAUUCAUGUUUGUGCUUUGGGACCCCUUUCUCCAUCUCUUCAGAGAUUCACCAUCUCCUCCAGCCUUGUUGCUGUCCUUUCACUGAUCCUAAUCUGGAAGCGUUAGCUGUAUUCCUUCACAGUUUAGCUUUGUUGGUAAAGGCCCAAGUGGCACUUGGAAGCUGUUGGUGGCAUUCUUGCAUAGCCUGGCAUGGAGAUCAUUUAUUAAGUCAUGAGAAUACUUCAGAGGAAUCAGUGUCCCCAUCCCACUUCACCCUUUUUCUGUGUCCAGCUGUUGCAGGAGCUAACAUCAUGACCAAGAAGAAAACUUGUUUUUUUUCACAGAGAAUCUGAAAGCUGUUAUUAAAGGCCUUGAGAAGACCAAUGAGUAGUUGGAGCAUUAGCUGAUCUCAAAGGCCCUGCAUGUCUAGAUUAGCUCCUUGUUUUCCAAAAAAUUGUCCUUGUAUGACAUACAGAUCAACAUGGCUGCAUCAUGCUGUAUGCUGACCUGAACAAAGCAAACAGGAAUCCUUUAACUAUUAGCCAACUACAAGGCUCCAGUUCCAGCUCCUGAAAGAAGGACUGGUCUUCAUCUGGAGAUCCAGCACCACUGAGCUGUGACAAUGUCCAGCAGCUUGAGGCCCUGCCCGGAGCGGCUCAGAGUUCCUGAGACAGAAGCGUUGUCAGGGCCGUGCUCGGUGCGAGAAGGGGAAGUUUCCAUCCCUCCCCCAGAACUUCACACCAAGUGGAGCUGCAGAUCAGAGCACACGUGCUGUCUCCUUCCACCACUUCUAAAUCCUUUGGUUAGUUUCCAGCCCAGCUUUUCUUUUCCAGUGCGUGUGAACCCUAGCUUGGCCUUUCAGACAUGAGGCACAGCCCCUGCUCCACCCACCUACCAAGUGAGCACCAGCUAUGAGGUGCAGGGGGAGAGUGGGCAUCUUUAGGAGCGCUGAACAUUUUAUGGGUUUGGGAUCUGACCUCAGGCAGGCUGUGAAGAACAGUUUACACUAGCUGAAGAUUUGUCCCUGUCUGUUUUAAGUGCAUCACUCUGGUUUGCUGCUACCAUGAUGUGUAAUGCUAAGACAUCAUAGAAAAACAGGACUGGAAGGGAUCUCAGGAGGUCACAUCUACUCCAACCCCCUCCUCAAGGCAGGAUCAUCCAUGUCUAAAAGCCAUUGUAGGCAAGUGCUUGUCUAACCUGUUCUUAAAACCUCUAGGAACAAACCCUUAUACACAACUACUAGACAUCAGAAACCCCUUUUAACUUGCACAGGUAAAGCUGGGGAAUGAGGGUGCUCUUCCCUGUGUUAGCUGUUACAGUGGGGCAAAACUUCCCCUUUGCUUGUGGCCUAGCCUCCAAAAUCAACCCCUUAAUUCCAUCAGCCUGGUGUCUCAGUCCUGGCCCCCGGGAGUGUGUUUGACAUAGCUCGUUUUAGCUGAUGUGUGCGAAAUCCAAUCACCAUGGAGGGCACAGCUUGGUAGGGGGUUGCAGGACAUAAGACGUCGCACAGGAUUAAUUUCUGGCCUAGCAGCUGUGAUGGAUUUCCAAAAGGGCAGCAUCCAGCAGAGACUCAGAGGGCUCAAUCAUUCAGGGUAAUUAAGCUAGUUAAUGUCCAGAGUGUGGCUGUGCAGUGGAUUGUAAAAUGAGCAUUAGUGGACGUGUAACCCUACCUAUUCCAGUCUGACAAGGAUUUUCCACCAGAGAUCCAGAGGCCUCUCUGAGCUUUCCAGGGGAGAUAAGGUGGCCUCCUAGGAAUUUAAUUGUUAGUACUUGUAUUGCUAUUUUUUUUAAAGUCUGAUAUGAUUUGUACAGAAGAUCUGUUUGUGCCUUAUAAGGGUGUCUGUGCACUUUUUAUCCUUUUUAAAGCAACUUUUAAAAACAUGGGAAAAAAAUUAACACAGAUCAAUGGUAGUUUUAUAGAUUUUGUGUUCACUGAGAAUCCUGCUUUUUCUUUUUUAUAUUGGAGUGAAAAAUUGUUUGUUUCCAUGGAUUUUCCCCCCCCCUCCUGCCCUCUUUGUAAAGAAAAAAAAAGCCUUUUAUUUCCCACUUUCUAAGACAGCUGAUUGCUUUCAUUGUUACCUUUCUGAUUCAAUACUGUGAUCUGUACAUCACGUUCUAUGCUGAACCAGAUUCUGGGCCUCUGUUACAGGCUUUUAAAGCAAGCUGUUUCGGGGAUAGGGGGGCGCGAGGGUGGGAUUUGCACUUCUACAUGUCAAUAUUCUAUAGUGUUGUGUUCUGUGCUGUGUGUUUUAUUUUUGUCCAUUCACCUGUUUUACAUUAAUAUAAUUUUACCUGUUUAUGAAACGAAUAAAAACUUUGGCUUGUAAAAGUU